AGUAAUAUUGAACUAAUUGAAGUAAACGAUGAUGGUUUCAAGAUUGCCUGGGAUCCACUAAAUGAACAAGUGACAUAUAAUGUGGAGAUUAGUAAUGAUGCAGGUAGAUGGUGGAAACCUGUACUAACCAACUUACACGAAGUUUCAGCUUACAUCUCAAACGACAUUGCGUGUCCUUUGAAUCCCGUACAAGUAAGGAUAGUAGCUGAAAAUGAAUUUGGCCUUGGACCACCUUGUUUCCCGGUACUUCGUUUACCUAUACGAGCAUGUCUUCCUCACAUGCAAGCAGUUAAGCCAGAAGUUGAAUCUGAAGAAGCAACGGCUAUUAAAAUUCGAUGGUGUCCAGCGGUGCCUGCACUUACACCAAACCAACUGCACAAGAAUGUUAUGUUAAAUCCAUCGCAAUUACUUGGUAAAGUAACUUACGCAGUUGAGAUUAGGGAAGGAUCUCAAUCAGAAUGGUGUAGAGUGGCAAGUGAUAUACCUUUUCGAUCCUACACUUGUCACUUACGACCUGGUAUCAGCUCUGCUAUACGUAUUGUUGCAAAAAAUAGAUAUGGCGAGUCCUGUCCCACUCCAAUGGCAAUAGUCCAACUCGAUCCUAAUUCAUUAGUUCCGGAUUUAUCACUAGACCCUCCAUGGAUAGCAAUAAGCCACCCAGGAGAUAAUAUCACAGUAAAGAAAAGUAAUAUUCGACUCCUAUGGAAACCUGCAUACAUGCCAGAGUUCUGUACCAGUUGUAUAAAAGGACUAAAACCUUUGUAUCGAAUUGAAUGGAGGCGUGGAUUAUCUGGACAUUGGGUUGAUUUGGCUUGUGGCAUUAGUGAAUGUGAGACGGGUUAUCCUCUCCCAAGAGAUCUUGUAGAAUCCGUGAUUAGAGAAACUCAUAUGGGAAAUGACUUGUCUUUCAACACUGCAAAUUCUAAUAGUUCCAUUGAAUUUCGGAUAUUUUCUUACAACGAUUUCGGCGAAAGUGGUCCGACUAAAAGCUACAGAUUGAAAGCAUCUCAGAUAUCUAGAGGUCAAGAUUGUCGAAAAAAUAGUCAGAUAUCAGAUAAAAUAAAUGACAGGGAUCAAUACGACCACCUAAGUCUUUUGGAUAAGCUGCCGAUUAUUUCAUCCAGUAAGAUACCAAGACGAGAGGUUCAAAUGAUGUCAGUCGAUCCCAAACUGGGUGUCACGCUCAAGUGGGAUCGUUGUACAAGUUCAGAUAUAAAUAAAAAUUCUGAUGAUCACUAUAACUUACAUGGUCGCUAUCGAGUUCAACGUAAAAUUUCAAAUGACGCUGACAGUAAUUCCUCACCUGAUAUGUCUAACUGGACAGUAGUUUGUAGAGAAGAUGAUCUAAUUCAUGGUGAACAAUAUGUUCUUGAUGUGAAACCGGGUAAAACAGAACAAUUUGUUAGGAUUCUUAGUUUACAAGAAGAUAAAGAAGGCAAUUUAAAUUGGUUGGAUACCCAUGAAAUUCUUCGUAUACCAGCGUUACAUGAAAUCUGCCCUCCAGCACCAUUAGAUAUAGAGGUAAAAUUGACACCCCCAGUUGAAACAUCAGGUUCUGCAGGAGUUCGUGUCACCUGGAAACCUCCCAACUUUGAACUUCCAUUGAACGACGAUUAUUUAAGACAGAUUAAAAAUCAUGCUCAAAUCGACUAUAGAAUAGAAGCUCGUACAACCUUGAGUGACUUAGCACCUUGGAGACAGAUUGGUCUUGUAUCUGGAUUAUUAGGUAGUAUAGAUGACCAUAAAGCUGAACCCGGUUCACAACUUAUUUAUCGAAUAACACCUAUUAACCAAUUUGGUGAAGGUCCAAGUUCAAGUUCUUAUCCAAUCAAACUUCCACUUUUGUUAACAACUUUAGAAAGAUGUAUUGAAGAUUUUCGUUUUCUAAUACUUGGAUCAAAUACAAUUCAGUUGCGUUGGCGUUUAGGUGAUACAGUGAUUGAUGCAUUAGGAUUUCGGAGAAAUCCAAAUCAGUCAUACAAUAUGACAAGUCAUUUAGAUACAGAUGAAUCAGCUGAAAUAUGUGAACGUGUAAAAUUUUCAAUUGAAAGACGAGAUGGUUAUGCUGGUGAUUGGUAUCCUAUUAGAGAACAAAUCAAUGGAAAUCUUCAUAACAAAGUUAUACUAUCAAAUUUUGAAUAUUUAGAUAAAGAAAUUGCUUGUAGAAUAAUUGCAAAUGUGGAUGGUCAACAAACUAAACCUAGUCGACCUAUCAAUAUUAGUAUUAAGACAGAUUUCUUAGUUCCAGAUUUCUCAGCUUUUAAACCACAUUUCAAUGUUACAUCAGUUGAGGAAUAUUUGAUAUCAUGGGACGAUCCUGAUAUACAAUCAUUGUAUACAAGUCAUAUUUUGAAUUUAUCAAUACCACAAGUGUUACAAAAAGAUACUACUUAUGCAAUUCAAAUUCAACAUGAAGGUUCAAUUGAAUGGACAACAAUAGCUUCUAAUCUAGAUACAAACCAAUGGACAUGGAUCCAACCAAAUCCACUGAUUGGUUAUCAUGUUCGUAUUCUACCGUCGAAUCAAUUCGGUUUUGGGCAUCCAACUAGAAAUGUGUUAAUACCACCACAAGUUAUUAUCCCUGAUCUAACAUUUAUGCGGCCAUCUGUUGAGUCACCGUCGGAUAUUUUAAUUGGUAGAGUUGCACCAGAACUUGUAUGGCAAAUACCAAAAUCGUAUACUUUAGACAGGACAUUUACUCCAUACACAUUUGAAGUACAAAUUAAAGCUGUAGAGAAGUCAAUAAAUCGUGAAACUAAUGAUGUGGGCAAGAACUCUGAAAAAUCUAAAAGCACAAACAAUGAAAACAUAUGGAGAGUUCUUGCAUCUGGUUUAAAACGUAACCGUUUGUCACUGGAACAUUUAAAUCCCGAACAAGAAUAUUGGUUACGUAUAGUUGCUGUUACCGAAUAUGGUCGUGGUACACCAAGUCAACCUGUACGAAAAAUGGCUGAUUUAACUGCAAAACAUAGCCGAUGUGCAUCAGCAUCCGUUGGAGUGAUACAUGAGCCUACACCUACUUCACCAUCAUUUACUGAUCCAGAAACAAGUGUGAUUUAUGCACCAAUUUAUGGUCAAUUGGAAUUAAAAUGUACAUUUAGUCCUGUUAAUGCUGAAAAUGAAACACGUUUCAAUUGGUAUUUUGAUGGUAAAUUGUUAGAUACAAAUGUAAAUACUAUUUAUCCAACUUUAAAUCAGAAAUUUUAUAGUACAGUAUCCAAGUCUGGAGAUACAGCUGUAUUACAUUUGAAUGGUUUAAGUGAAAAUGAUUUUGGUUCAUACAUCUGUAAAGCAGUGCAUAUAUUGGGUACUAGUGAAAAAGAAUUUGUCGUAAAAAUGGCAGAUGCUCCUGUAUUUUUAGAAGUUCCUACUCCAUUGUUGACUGUGAAGUUACAUUCACGUUUUGAAUUGCCUUGUUACAUUGAUGCGUUACCACCUCCAACGAUAAUUUGGACUAGAGAUUCAAAAAGAAUUGUUGAAUCACAUCGUACAAAAAUUGGUAAAGCUGAAAAACAAUCACUCAAUAGAACGCCUCGUAUGUCAAACUGUGAAUUUAGUACAGAUGCAACGUUAUCAGUAAAAAAAUGUAUUUAUCAAGAUUCAGGCUUGUAUACGUUAACAGCUGAAAAUAUAGCUGGUCGAAUAAUGACUAGUUGUUUGAUUCACGUUGAAGAAAAUCCAACACCGACUAAAAUAACUUUGAGAUGGACAAACAUUGAAAAGCAUUAUUUUGUACUGAGACGACUUGAAAGUGAUUCAUUUUCAGAAACUCACCUAUUAAUUGAUAAAAAAACAAAUCAUGAAUAUAUUGGGAAAUUAUUUAAAUUAAAUAAUACAAUCAGUCGUAUAAAUGGUGCACGUGAAAUGGAAUGUUUAACACGUUUAUGUCAUAAAAAUGUUUUACAAUUAAUAGAUGCAUUUAUCAGUGAUAAUGUUCUUAUUUUAGUUUAUGAAAAAUUGUCCGGUUCAAAUCUACUUGAUUCAGUUCUGGCAUGUGAAAAUUGGUCAGAAAUGGGAACAGCAGCUGUUAUUCGUUCAAUACUGGAAGCAUUAGAGCAUAUUCAUAAUCAAGGAGUAGUUCAUUAUGAUAUUCAACCUGAAAAUCUACUUUUUGUAAAGAAAACAAUCGAUAACUAUGAUUGUGGAAAUUCAUCGAACAAUCCUGAUUUACUAAGGGCUCUUGCUUCUCUAGUAACUGAUGUAUUGAGUCAAACAGAUCGUCAUAAAAUGAAUGUUUUCAGUAAUUUGCUCAAAGUUACAGGAUUUUCUACAGCACAAACGUAUAUUACUAAUUCCCAACAUUGUGUAACAUGUGUACCUCCAUUACGGUACAGGCCGGAAUAUGUUUCUCCAGAAAUUUUAUUACUAGCACAACAAACUAAUGAAACAGUUCCUGAAACUAUUCACACUUAUUCUGAAAAUUUAGGUCCACCUUCAGAUAUAUGGAGUCUCGGAGUAUUAACGUAUAUCCUACUUGUCGGUUGGCCUCCUUUAUUGAUUAUGAGACAGAAUUGGAAAAUAUUUCAAAUGAAGGCAAAGAUUUUAUUUCACAACUUUUACAAGCUGACCCUACAAAAAGACCUUCAGCUAAAGAAUAAAUAUAAAGAGUUCUAUAAUUCAAUACAACCAGUUUACCUUAUCAGUGAUGAGAAAAAUUAUAAUUCUGAUUUGAAAAAUCAUUUAGCUUCUAUGAUAAGGCAACCAACUCCAAGUGAAGAUACAGAAAGUGUACUUUCCUCACGAUCAUCAUCAAUUCUUGGUUUACGAGAAAGUUCCGAGCCAUAUAGUGAAUCUCAAUCACAACUGCUUGAUCGAUAUGAGGCACAUGAUUUUAUUGAUGAAAGAUUUAUAAUUCCACCAAACACCAAUAUUCCUACUGCAGAUGACGCGUCGGAAAUAAUUGAGGAGAAAUUCAAUUUACAAAGACAAAAUACUCUUACAGAAGCUACUUCCUUAGAAGAAUCAACUUAUACAUUAAUAAAAGAACAAGAAAAAUCAUCAGUGAAUCCUGAUCAAGAAAAUCAACCCACUUCAGUAAAACGUAAUGAGAUUGAAAAUAAAUUUAGUGCUCCAGUGUUUGCUAGUCUACUUCGAGAUGCAUAUUUCAGCGUCCAUACAAGAGAAGUGAGAUUUACUUGUCAACUUGCUAGUGCUCCCUACCUUCCAGAGGGUAUUAGUGAUUAUGAAGAAAUUAUCAGUGAAAUAUAUCCAACCGGCUUGAAUUUAAUAAAAUCACUAGUUCUUCGGCUGCUGCCGCAUGGUGUUAGUUUAGGUGUAGAACAAGGGGGAUGGUUAUGGCUUUGCUUAAGUGAUCUUCGUCCGGAACAAGAUCGCAGUGUUAUUGAAUGCGUGGUAAGAAAUCGUGCUGGAAAAUCAAGAACAAAAGCACGACUUUUAUUUAGUGAUAUGCCGAAACCCCCUGGUAGACCAGGUCUUAUCGAUAUUCGUCCUACAGAAGCAUUGAUUAGUUGGCUAUCUUCAACAUCAGAUUCGAAUGAAGAUCUGAUUUAUCGCCUUGAUAUCAAAUAUUCAGAACGUGAUAAUGAACCACCUUCAUGGCAUCGACUUGGAUUCACCGUAGAUUGUCGUUAUCUUAUUAAUAAUCUUAAACCUGGUGUAUAUUAUCGUGUCCGUGUAUCCGCCAGAAAUUCAUUCGGUUGGGGCAAUUACAGCAUUGCAUCUUCUGAUUUCCGUACUCCUAUUGUUUCUAUGGAUCAGUCACCAACUAUUCUAUCGCCCAAUGAACGAACAUGGAUCUUCAACUGGCGUCAAUCAGCAAAUAUCUACGCAUUAAGCGAUCAUCCAAUAGCUUUACAAUAUGCAAUCGAUCAGCCAAUCAGUGUACCUCCACCACCAGACAAAAUUUUACAGAAACUCAAUCGAUAUAAUGGGAUAAUUCCAAGUUUAGAUGUAUUGAAAUCCAUAUGUAGACCAAUUCGUUUGAUAAAUAAAGGAACAUAUACAAAACUUAUUCUUGGAAAAACUCAUCCAAUGCUAAAUGAAGGAGUGAAUUUCAAUAAUGUUCGACAUCAAAGCAUAUCUCUUCCACCUAGAUUACUAAGCAAAAUCACAUAUCUUAACUUAGAAGAUAAUAAUCUAUUGAAAAAAGCCCGUCGUGAAGCACUAAUGCUUACUAUUCUUCAUGGAUCUUGUGGUGGAACAUAUUCUUCAUUUGAAGAUUUUUAUAGUGAACAACAUAACUCAUAUCUUUAUACUAGUCAACGACAAUUACUACCAUCUGGUUGGUCAAUUGGUUGGUUAGAAGAUGAUGCAGUUAAACCGACACUAAGUAUAUCAGUAAUGCAAUGGAUUCCUGGCGGACGUCUUAUUGAUGUUUUGUGCGGUCGAGUAGAAUAUACUGAAUUUUCUGUUAUGAUGUGGAGUCAACAAAUUCUUUCAGCGUUAAAAUGGUUCUACGCAUGCUUUUUAGGACAACCACAUGGAAAUAUUUGUCCGGAACAUAUACUUGUUGCACGACGGACAUCUUCGCUUCCAGAUAUUGUAUUGACUGGGUUCGGUCAUGAAUCUGUUUUAGAUGAAACCAACAACUACUUUUCAGCUCCCGAAUUAUGCAAGAAUCAGCCGAAAUCAAUGGCUUCAGAUUUGUGGAGUGUUGGAGCUGUCAUGAGACUAUUACUAACAGGUGAAAAUCCAAAUGAAAUUGAUGUUCAAAGAAAAAAUUCGACAUCUGAUGAAUCAAUAAAACAGCAAUAUGAUAAAACCAAGAUUAAACAAUCUAAUGAAUUGUCAUCUACAAUUAAUUCUGAAAAUACUUUACCUACUUAUUCACCAAAUCAUUUAAAUACUAAAAAAUUGAAAAGGUUUUCCAAACCUGCAAGAAAAUUUAUAUACAAUUGUCUUAAUCCUUCACCAAGGAAACGUGGAACAGUUGAUUUUUGGCUUAAUUCUCAUUGGUUCAAUUUCAAUGCUGAAAAUGUGAACAAUUUAACUUCAGUGAUCAUUCCCACAAAUUUACUAAGAUCAUGCAAAGUUGUUCUAGAUCAAAAAACAAAUGUUGACGAAACAGAAGAACUACAGUUUCCUUGA